AUGUGUUUGAAUCGAUUAUCACACUGCUCGAUAGAAUUAACAGGAAAAGCGUAUGAUGCACUGGCGGGUAAAGAUGCGGAGUCAGCAGUGAGCCUGCAGGCCGGUGUGCAGGCCGGCGCGGCGCACGCUCGGCCCGCGCCACGCCACCCACUUGCCUCCAAACCUUCGUCGCGAGCGGACGGCAUGGCGACCGCGCGUUGA